CCAAGACCUUGUUUGUCCCGAGAUUCGACAAAUACUCGUUGCGGAUUGGUUACGCUUUGAUUUGUCUCAUACGUAGCCGCCACAGCGCCGGCCACUUUCAAUUGUCUCCUGUACAUGGCACCAUGCCCGACACGACGUGGAACAUCAUGCAAGAUCUUCAGUUCCUGAUUGCCCCAGACGACGAACUGCAAGAUGAAUUCGCGCUUGUGUGCGAUCGCCUGGACAGCGACCCUUGCACCGACGACCUGCGGGAGCCAUCCGCGCCCCCAAAGCGCCGACGAAAGCGUCGUAAUCGCGUGGAUAACUACAAGAUUGAGAUCACAUUGCUGCGUGCCCAAGUGGAAACCCUCACGUCCGAGUUGGAAGUGAUGAAAGCGAAGUAUCCCAUGAUAUACAUACCCGCGUGGAAGAUGGCAGCUAGGAGGCUGCGCGUCGAAGCCAUGCGAUGUCAGGUCGAGAACGAGGCGUUGCGGGCAGCAGUGGACGAGCGCGGGUCGUUCCUUGACAACAUGAAGCGACUGUUGCACAAGAAGCCUAGAUGGAGCCUAAGUUGACGUUCAAUAUAACACCAGUUAAGAUAACAUAGUCGUCCCAUCCGUCCUUCGAACGACGGCUUGUCGAG